AUGGCUCUCAACGACCAUGAGAAUAUGAACUUGAGUGAAUUCCCCGGUAUCUGGACGUGUUAUCUGCGUCGUUUGCUUCUGCAGUUGGGCGGAUAUCCAUCGAUGGGCGCGAACAGAAGCAGAAGCGCGCAUCAAGAUACGUCAAGAUGGAAGCCUUUGACAGAAUGCCCAGAUCUCAGUAUUCCCCCUGAGUCGGGCAUUUUCGUGCCAGAUCCAUCCCCAACCAAGACACUCCACGACAGUGAUGGAGAUACACCAAAAUCAGAGACGCUUGGGGGAUCUCUCACACGAAGGAGGCGGCAUGGAGAAUACCACCAUCGUCAACCAGUCUGGAAUAUUCGAAUGCUCGAUGACGAUGUUUCAGCCUUCUCAAGUGUCAAUGUCGACGCCGACGCCGACUCUGAUAUUGUUGAUUCCGUUGCUGGACUGAAGACCGACAAUAAACAACCCAGUCUCGGGUCGCUUAGCCUUUACCCCCAGGCCGACAUGCAACCUAACUUUAGAAUAUCCGAAUAUCCCCAUCCUAAUUUCCUCGCGAUCACUUUGCUCGAGGAGCAGCUAGAUGCGAUAGCUUCUACCUGGUCAAGAGCGCCGUUUAUAGUUGCCGCCACAGCAGAGACGGAUGCUCAAGAAGGUAAUGAGUCAGAUGGUGGCCAGUGGAGCACAACUACAGGAUCUGUUAAUUCUGCACCAGAGGAACCACUGCCGGCUCACCAACGGCCCAGCCCCAGAAGGCGUAUUACAUCUUGGCCGACCAGCUCCUCAGCUCGGUCAAUAGACUCGGGAGAAUCCCACCAUGUCGGGGUAUUUGCCUUUCCUAAGCCGAGGAGCGGAUUUAUCUGUGAUUCCGUUGGGCCUUCGAGAACAAGUGUUGAUAUCGAUGAAACCUUCCAGGACGAGAAUGAAGCUGCGGAUCAGGCAUGGGGAGAAGAACAUGGCCACUUUCAAGUGGUAAAAGCUCCUUCUCUCUCUCCAGUGAUUGAACAACCCAUGGAUGAGAACACGCCACCUGGAGAACUAGCAGAGGAUCCUGGCCCAGUCGAACAUGUGACAGCUUGUUUGAUAUCUACCACUACGGGAGAACAACCCCGAGAUGACAAACAGCCACUGCACCAACCAGGUCAGGAGCAGGGUCAUCCCGAGCAAAUCGGAUCUGUCCCGCGUUUUCCAGAAGCACAACUGGGCGAAGUUAGGUACCAGCAAUUUGGUCAACCAGAAAACGAACGAGAAACUCGUGGUAAUAUCGAAUCGUCUUCAAUAUUUACCGCAGUGCAACAAUCCCAAAAUGCCAACACCCCGGCCGUCGAUACAGGAACUGAUGCCACUGGUUUAGAUCAACAACUCCAACCCUACCAACAACCAUGCCACGAGGCUAAAUAUUUAAGUUCUUGCAAAGACAUCCGUUCUUUACCAUCAAAUAGAGCAAUCGGAUAUCCACUUCCGCCCAAAAGAAAGUUCGGUUGGGCAAUCGAAACCGGCUCCAGGCGGAACAGGGAUAGGGCGAAGUCUACCUUCAUUUGUCCAGAGGAAAAUGUAAAAUUUCUCCCGCUUUGCGCUCUCACUCUUGAUGCCAACUUUGGAGACUACCUUGCGCGCCACCCCAGGAACGGGGGCCCGUGUUAUUCACCUGCAACUGGCCAACAAGUAGUGGCCCCUAAAAGGUCUUUUAGUCACCCGAUGGGCCUCAGGGGCAGCUCCGUGGUCGUUCCCAAAAAAAUACUGCGCCAGGCCAAAUAUGCAAAUAUGCCACGAGAUACGUCGGCUAUUGCUAUCUAUGGUUUCACACACAUGGAGGUUGGACAUAUACGGGAAUCAAAACCAUCCGAGUUGAUUAAUGUGGAUCCGGAUUUUACUCAUUUUCGUCCUGUUGACAAUAUUUGGAGGUUCAAGGCCAGGGUUGAGAAGAAAUUAUCAAGGAAAUCUCUCCGAGAAGCAAGUGAAAAGAUUCAAAAAUCAUCUUCGACAGCCUUUACCAAAUUUGUUGAUGGCCCGCUAAGAAGACAUUUUCACUCAGACCCGGGUUCUUCUGGUAUGCGGAGAUUCUUUUCGAGCCACGGAGCAUCCAACACGGAUACGCCAGCUGGACAAAGAGAGAGUAGUCCCCACCAGGCUACAGCAGAUACUUCAAAUCAAACCGAAGCUGUUGGGGAAAAUCUCCAGCAGACCGUGGGCGAAAUUGCAUCAUCCUCACGGAAACUCAAGCUAUGGAAGGGAAUACCAACAGACCUGAACGAAGCACCACCGACAGUCGUCAACCCGGAGAUCAAAUUACAACGGCAGUAA